AUGGCCACUCCUGUGCAGAAACAACGCCGCCGCCUGGUUGGCGUUUCAACCAAGAUGUAUUUUUCGGCACAGCGGACGGCGCAGUUUGUCUCUGACGUUGUGAGCCAGCUCGCAGAGACUCCUGGUGCCGACGCGGUCGACAUCUUCAUCAUCCCGGAUGCCAUCACCAUGACCUCAGUCAUCUCCCAGGUGAAGUCGAGCAGUGUGGCAGUCAUGGUAGGGGCGCAGGAUGCCUUCUGGGAGGAUACUGGAUCCUACACGGGCGAGGUGUCUCCCUCUGUCCUCGCAGAGGUGGGAUGCCGCAUUGUUGAGGUUGGUCACGCCGAGCGAAGGAGGCUGUUCGGUGAGACGGAUGCAGACACGGCGAGGAAGGCGGCUGCAGCUGCCAGGAAUGGGCUCAUACCGCUGGUGUGCGUCGGAGAGCGCACCAAGGGCAUGGUGAGCAUGGCAGUGGGACAGUGCGCGACACAGGUGGAGACAGUCAUGGCGGCGGUGGCAGACGCGGCAGAAGUCAUCUUGGCUUACGAGCCGGUGUGGGCCAUCGGUGCCGCAGAACCUGCGGCAGCCGAGCAUGUCGUCGGUGUGGUGAGUGCCUUGCGGGAGUUGCCAUGCGUCAAGGAGCGGCAAGGAGCCACUAGGAUCAUCUAUGGGGGCUCUGCUGGGCCGGGCCUGUUCGAAAAGCUCAAAGACUCGGCGGAUGGCCUGUUCCUCGGCCGCUUCGCUCAUGACCCCGAGGCUUUUGUCAAGACUGUUGGCGAGGUAUCGGCUGCAUGA